AUGCUAAUGAGGUUAUCAAGCAAUGAACUUCCUGAUGUCCUCACACCCGAGCCGCCCACAUUGGCUGCUAUGCCACGCAACCUCAUCGUUCGCUUAAAUUGCAAUACUGUGAACCUUGAUAACCAAUCACCUCUGUAUAAUAGACUAAAUGCCAACUCUAUACCCAACUCCCUAGUUGAAUGCUACCCAGGAAGUAAUACCUUAGGCUACCCAGGAAGUAAUACCUUAGGCUACCCAGGAAGUAAUACCUUAGGCUACCCAGGAAGUAAUACCUUAGGCUACCUAGGAAGAAAUACCUUAGGCUACCCAGGAAGUAAUACCUUAGGCUACCCAGGAAGUAAUACCUUAGGCUACCUAGGAAGUAAUACCUUAGGCUACCUAGGAAGAAAUACCUUAGGCUACCCAGGAAGUAAUACCUUAGGCUACCCAGCAAGUGAUACCUUAGGCUACCUAGGAAGUAAUACCUUAGGCUACCUAGCAAGUGAUACCUUAGGCUACCUAGGAAGAAAUACCUUAGGCUACCCAGGAAGUAAUACCUUAGGCUACCCAGGAAGUAAUACCUUAGACUACCCAGGAAGUAAUACCUUAGGCUACCCAGCAAGUGAUACCUUAGGCUACCCAGGAAGUAAUACCUUAGGCUACCCAGGAAGUAAUACCUUAGGCUACCCAGGAAGUAAUACCUUAGGCUACCUAGGAAGUAAUACCUUAGGCUACCUAGGAAGUAAUACCUUAGGUUACCUAGGAAGUGAUACCUUAGGCUACCUAGGAAGUAAUACCUUAGGCUACCUAGGAAGUAAUACCUUAGGUUACCUAGGAAGUGAUACCUUAGGCUACCUAGGAAGUAAUACCUUAGGCUACCUAGGAAGUGAUACCUUAGGCUACCCAGGAAGUAAUACCUUAGGUUACCCAGGAAGUAAUACCUUAGGCUACCUAGGAAGUAAUACCUUAGGUUACCUAGGAAGUGAUACCUUAGGCUACCCAGGAAGUAAUACCUUAGGCUACCUAGCAAGUGAUACCUUAGGCUACCCAGGAAGUAAUACCUUAGGUUACCUAGGAAGUGAUACCUUAGGCUACCUAGGAAGUAAUACCUUAGGCUACCUAGGAAGUAAUACCUUAGGUUACCUAGGAAGUAAUACCUUAGGUUACCUAGGAAGUGAUACCUUAGGCUACCCAGGAAGUAAUACCUUAGGCUACCUAGGAAGUAAUACCUUAGGCUACCUAGCAAGUGAUACCUUAGGCUACCUAGGAAGUAAUACCUUAGGUUACCUAGGAAGUAAGUAA